UAACCAAAGAAGGAUGUCAGUCCUUUUGAAUCAAACGGAAUUCGCAUAUUUAAACAAUAAUGAAACAGAAGAAGAUCUGUUCCUUUCCGAGGAUGAAAAUGAAGAUUUUAAUUUUAAGUAUGUACCUGCAAAUCGUUUCAAGUACAUAGUGAAGGAUGUACGUAGACAGAGAUGUCGAGAAGAGGAGGAGACAGUAUGGGCUUCUUUUGUCAAACAACAAGAAUUAAAUGUUUAUGAUAAAAAUGAUAUUCAGCCAUCCGUUCAAAGUGUCAAACAACUUUUGGAUGAAGGUUUGAAGGAAGCUGAUGAGGAACUUAAAAGACUGGAAACAGGUAUUUUGUCUGGUAGAAUAAGAAAGGAAAGCAGUAGAACUGAAAAUAAUCAAAAGAAAAAAACAAAGAAGGUGAAUAAUACCAGGGACUUGUUUCCGAAAAAAGUGCCAAUUAUGAAGGAUACUGGAACAGGUAGUACCAAUUUGCUACUUACGAUUCCUGAGGAAGAAAAUAUUCACGAGAGGAAACAAGAGUCUGAAAAACUCAAGUCACAUGCCAGAAAGUCUCGUUCUGCAACAGUGCAGAAGAAACAAUCCUCGAAGCUACCGCAUCAUAUGGCCAAUGGUGUCGAAUAUAAUUCCAGUCCUGAAAGCAGUGCGCGUCGCAACGAUACUGACGGAACUAUUUACAUACGACCGGAUCCAUUUACCAUGCACAAAAUCUUGACGAUGCAAACAAGAGUCUGCGAGCUACUGGAUGAAAUUGCGUUUAGACUGGGAAACAUUCCACCACCGGACGGCAUUAAAGAUUUACAGAGACGGCAGCAGUGCGUUGCUGAAUUUGUCGUACGAUUUUCGAGAAAUUAUCUAUACGAUCUCAAUAGAUACGUUAAAGAUAUUCAGAGGCACAUGUGUAUUAUUUCGCCGCGAGCGAUAGUAAAACCAAAUCAUAGAAGUUUCGGACUUCACAUGCAUGCUAUCGAGCAUAAACUACUUGCCGCGCAUCAGUUACUGUUGCACGCAUUAAUUGCCUAUUGCAAACAUAUUCCCGGCUCUAUUCUCAAGGGACACCCUGGAAAAUUUAGAGAGAUACUGCAAGUAGUCAUUGAUCUGAAGACUAUGUGUGAUAGGCUGCACUUGAAUUAUCUUAAUUCGGGGGACACAGAUAUUCUAUCGCUGGGAAAGGACAUUGAGAACAAAUCCAAUGCUAUUUUGUCAAAAUUGAAGCUGUAUGCGGAAAAUGAUCUGCGUGACAUUAAGACGUCAUCAACGUCCGUUAGUUUGCAUUCAACAAAUAAUAAAAAGCGAUACAAUCGUAAACAAUUAUCUAAUCGAUUGAGUAUGUACAGUGUGGAUAGCAAAGUUCCUAAAAGCAAUCCUAAACACAGGACCAAUUAUUAUCAGAAGGAUAAAAGAUAUAAUACAAUAAAUACUAAUCAAGGCAGAACCUCUAACGAGCCAAUAUUGGAUCAUCCAUAUCCUAGUCCAGUGACGCUUACACCAUCUAAGGAUACAAACUAUACUGGCACUGACAAGCAUAAGACGUAUGCAAAAGACGAGGAUAUAAGAACUAUGAUGGAUAUGUUACCUAUAGAUUCAGAUAAUGGCAGCAACUUUGAAACACAAGAAAGGCAUAAUAAUACAAUGCUUACAAGAAGAAUACCGAAAGCGACGAGAAAAUGUUCUGGCAAGCAGGAUCAAAGACAAAUAGAAACAAUAGAGAAUAUUGUUAGAAACACUUCUACAAAUAACGAUGACGAAUUAGCGAAAAGAGCGACGACAAUCACGGAGGAACAUUUAUCUAACUUAGUACCAGUUAUAGCAGAUCUCAUGUCUUUUGUCUCCACUAAGCAAAGUGAAUCAGAGGUAAGGCCAAAACUUACCAUGAAAACACUAAUGGAAUUUCUGCAGAAACAUCAGUCGCCUAAGAGCGCGAAUACGAAGAUCAGCGCGAGUACAAGCUGCGACGUGUGUCAUUCUAUAAGCAGUAGUUGCGAAUGUGAGCAUCCUAAAACAAGCAGAACUUUGACAGGGAAUAACGGCGAGAACAUGCGGCUGAUUUGCUUGUCAUCGAUGGAGGAUGCGCCAAAAGUACCUCGCUAUUGUGACGCGUCGUGUCAAGCAGAUUACGAGCGUUUGAUGGCAGUGCCAGAUUUUGAGAUGAAAGCGAAGGAAGGAAAACGAAUAGUAGACUCGCUCGAUAAUAUCGAGCUUGUUGUUUCCGAGGAGAGUGAAAUAAAUUUCCUGAAAUACAGACGCGAAUAUGAGCAGUUAAUGCAAUCAAUUCCAAUGUAUUCUAGCAAUACACAAAACAAACCAUGGGACAUUGUCGCUUGGAUAUCCGAUAAGCUCGUAGAUGAAUUAAUAACGGAAAUCGCAAAAGAGUUACAAAUAGAAGACGUCAUACAAAAACUAUUCGAGUUAGAAUUCCAGGAGUUCUAACGCCAAUCUGUGUUCUUCGCACAUAUUAAACCAGGAAAAUGCACAAAAUAAAAUCGAAAUCUUAUAUAAAUUUAAGAUAUUUUAUAUACAUAAAA